GUGAGCAUGAAUGAAGCCAUGUGGAAGGACACCACAGGAGAAUAUUGAUUACUACUAAAAGUGAUCAAUCUAACUUUCACUAAUCUUCUUUUAACAGGUAUUUCUAAAAAAAAAACAGAAACAACAACUUCAGAGCAGUCAAGAUGACAGCCAUGGAGAGCAAAGAGGAGAUCAGUGACACUGACAGUGGGAUUAUCUUGCACUCUGGUCCAGACAGCCCCACAUCCCCAGUGAAGGACCUGACCACCCACACCAGAGCCCUGAAACUGAAGCACCAGUCUCUGGAGGAGCGUCUGGAGCUAUGUCUGCUGGAGCUCAGGAAGCUCUGCAUCAGGGAGGCAGAGCUGACUGGUAAACUGCCUUCAGACUAUCCUCUGAUGCCUGAUGAAAAGCCACCUCGUGUCAGGAGGAGGAUCGGAGCUUCCUUUAAGCUGGACGAAGGUCUGAUCCAUCUGGAUAAAGAGGAUUCAGAGUUGCAAGAACUGGAGACUGGCUUGGCUCUUCAGCUGCAGAUUUAUGAGGCGGCCCGCAAACUCUCUCUGGAAGGGAACCUCAGCAAACCCCAGAAGAAGAGCCGUCUGCAGCAGUGCAAGAGGGAGGAGAAGAAAGUGAAGGAUCUGCAGGAGGCUGUGUUACAGCACAGGAUCAAGAGCGAGUGUAACUCACCGUGCAUCAGUGUUGCAACCAGCCAAAACAAAGAUCUGAGCAUGUCUGAUGACAGCUCCCUGUCUGAUGUAGUGGCCCUGGAUGAUGAUGUGGACUCGCCUAGCCCUCUCUCUCCUCCAGUUUUGGGCACCUCCUACUCAGACCCUCUCCAGCUGUCAGCCAAAACCCUGCAGUCGUCCCAGCAGUCAGCGAGUCAACUCAGUGUGGAGUAUGAACGCUCUCCCAUCCAGAACUCCCCGUGGAAAGAGUCUAGUCUGGACCAGCCGUACGACAAGGCUACAAAACCUCAAUCUGCUUGCAGCAGCAGGUCCAGUAGUCCAGUGGGAACCCAGGUGUCUGCAGAGAGCUGCAGGAUUCCUCUCUCUCAGUUUAUCAAGAACGCAGCGCUGCGUCACAACCACUCCACCAGCGCCCCCUCCACCCCAGAGCUGCAUGUACGCCGACAGUACUCCCAGUCCUUCAGGCUGCCGCAGCGGCAAUGUGCAACUGAUUUCAUGGUGCGUUCUCCAGAGUACUCUCCCCUGCGGCCAUACCAGUCCAGCUCUGAGGACAGCAGCUCGGAGCACUCCUCCUCCUCCUACAUGAGCUCGCCUGGCAGGGAUGGACCCACUGAUAUCCCAAAGCUCUGCCCUCCACCUUACGGAUUCCACCUUGGAGCGCAGAAGAAAGAGCUCAACUUCCCCAGCUCACACAAGAACAUCAACCAGUUACAGCCCGGUCCUGGCUACAUCAGGUCCACAAUGGAGGAUGGCCCCCUUUCCCCUCGGGACUUGGACGAGGGAAAGUGCUAUCUGUCCUCCCCUCCUGUGGCUCGAAGCCUUCAUCAAAGACAGUGGCAGGAGGGAGCAUCAUCCCAAAGGAGAGUGUUGAAGCCCCCCCCACCUUACAACAGGCUGGUGCGAACCCCCUCACUGAAGGAGUAUCCAAACCAUGCCAUCCGGCUGAUGCCCAGAGAGAUCGUGUCAGAGGAGCUGAAAUCCUGGCACUAUAGAAAUCAGCUCCAGAAGUUACGGCCAGGCUGUGUGGAACAGAGUGUCAAGAGCCCCACUUCACCUCACUUCCCUUCAUUUAGACAGGGUUUGGGUAAUGUGAUUCUCCAGAGAGCCGCAGAUGGGACUCCAGUCCAGUGGUUUGUUGCGGAGGAUGCUGAAAUUGUGAGCCAGGUGUAG